GAGAAUUUUCCAUCCACACUAGUUGGAUCGAUCGAUCAUUCUUCCUGGUAUUCAUUAUUCAUUGCCACUUCUCUCCGUCCGUCAAAUUAUAGGUGGUCAAUUUUAUAUAUACAGUCCAACCUGUUCUUCGCAGAUACUCCCUCGCUGUCGUCUACACUCUACCCUCUACUGUACAAUCGCCAAUCAUGAAAUUCUCCAAAAAGUCUGAUCCGGGCCCCCUUUCCUCACCCCCCACACCACCGGACUCUAAUUCCAACUCCAAUUCCAAUGACAACUCGAAUGAGAAACGCCGCAGCUCCUCCUACGACGAAGGCCGCGUGCCAUGGGUAACAUGGCGAUCUUUAACCCUCGGUGCCUUCGUCUCAAUCGGCGGUAUCAUCUUCGGCUACGACACGGGACAGAUCUCGGGCUUUCUCGAAAUGAACAAUUACAAGCAGCGGUAUGGACAGUUUCGGAACGGGUCAUGGUCAUUUAGUAACGUUCGAUCCGGAUUGAUCGUUUCCAUGUUAUCAAUCGGAACCAUGAUCGGUGCCCUUCUCGCCGGCCCGCUCGCAGAUCGCAUCGGUCGUAAAUGGUCCAUCUUCGCUUGGUGCGUGAUCCUACAUGUCGGGCUGAUUAUCCAAAUUUCUUCGCCAGCGGGGAAAUGGUAUCAAAUGAUGAUGGGCCGGUUCGUGACGGGUUUCGGUGUUGGUGCUUGUUCGUUGCUGGUCCCGAUGUACCAGGGUGAGAUUGCGCCGAGGCAUAUUCGUGGUGCGAUGGUUUGUUCUUAUCAACUCUUCGUCACGCUGGGUAUCUUCGUCGCGUAUUGCAUCAACUUCGGCACGGAACAUAUCACCGAUACCGCAUCCUGGCGGAUCCCACUCGGUAUUACGUUCCUCUGGGGAUUGAUUCUGGGAUUCGGGAUCCUGCUCUUCCCCGAAUCUCCUCGUUUUGAUUAUCGGAGGGGCCGUAUCGAGACGGCCAAGAGGACUAUGAGCAAGUUGUACGGUGUCCCGGAGAACCACCGGGUCAUUGUCCAUGAGAUUCUUGAGAUUCAGGAACAACUCGAUGCGGAGAAAGGUUCCAAGGGCGGGUGGCAUGGUUGGAUCGAGAUGUUCCAGGCUCCGAGAAUGCCCUAUCGAAUCGUACUGGGCGUGACCUUGCAGGCGUUGCAGCAGCUUACUGGUGCUAACUACUUCUUCUACUACGGAACCGUCAUUUUCAACGGCGCAGGUAUCAGCAAUACCUACGUCACACAAAUGAUCCUCGGCGGCGUCAACUUCGGCACCACCUUUGGCGGCCUCUAUGUCAUCGAACACUUCGGCCGACGCAAAUCUCUCAUUGCCGGCGGGAUCUGGAUGUUCGUCUGUUUCAUGGUCUUUGCCUCUGUCGGCCACUUCUCUCUAGACGUCCAAAACCCACCCGCCACACCGGGCGCAGGCAAAGCCAUGGUCGUCUUUGCCUGCCUCUUCAUCACGGGCUUCGCAAUGACUUGGGGUCCCAUGGUAUGGGCGAUCGUUGCAGAGCUCUAUCCGAGUCGAUACCGGGCGCGGGCGAUGGCGUUGGCGACGGCGUCCAAUUGGUUGUGGAAUUUCCUGAUUGGCUUCUUUACGCCGUUCAUUACGGGGGAUAUUGAUUUUGCGUAUGGGUACGUGUUUGCGGGGUGUUUGUUUUUUGCGGUGCUCGUGGUUUAUUUCUUUGUUCUCGAGGGCAAGGAUAAGACCCUGGAGGAGAUGGAUAUGAUGUAUGUGAUGAGGGUGAAGCCUUGGGAGAGUUCCAAGUGGCAGACUCCUGCGCCGGAGGAGCAGUUGACUACGGCGCAGUUGAUGGAUCGGAGGGUUGCGGAGGGUUAUGAUCGUGAGGAAGAGGCUGCUGCUGGGAGGAAGGCUGCCGAGACGCCGGGGCAUAUUCAUGCCGAGGAUACCACCGAGGCCGGUCCUUCACAGGCAUAAGGUGUAGUACGGGAGGAGGGAAGAGAGGGAUGUUGAAAAGUAGAGAGAAGGAAAAGUGUGCGAGAGAGCUCAAAAGUAUAAAGUCUUAUAUUAGAAGAGAUUGAGCAUAUAUACAUGGCAGAUUAUGUGUACAUAUCACAAGUCCGGUACACGAUGGACGAGGGGUACAUUAACAAAUUGACGGUUUACAAGACUGGAAAUGUGCUAUAUUUAUCAAUAUUCGUUGGAUUCUCGUCAAUUUAGUUUUCAUUAAACAUUCCAUCCUCAAACACCAGGGAUGAGGGAUGGUGUAAACGAGUAUGCGUCAAUCCCAAUCACAAUUUGAAUCUUCCUCUUGAUAAUCAUCACAAUUGCUUCAAAGGUAAGUCAAAUUGGAACCAAAUCCAAAACUCCACAAUGAACAGAGAAAAUAAAUCCAGAAAAUACACGAGUCAUGACGCCUGCCAGGGCCUCGUCCAUCUCUCUCGUCGAGAGGAUAACCGGAUGGAGUAACCAGAGUAACCCUUGACCCCCAUAAACGGAUGCAGAUAAGAAGAAGAUCACAGAAGACGAAACAAAAAAGAUACCAUUUGCAGACGGAGUUCCAUAUCCUCUUCGUCCACAAGCACAAAGCCCCUUCUAAUCCAUAAAGUCACCACGAAGAAUCUUCUCCUGGAAGAAAUCGGGUUUAUUCUGCUUGGGCUGCUUAGGAAUCUCUCGAAUGGGUUGCUCCAUCGAGGCAAUCGAGGCGGCGCGCUGGUGACCAGCCUGACGACUGGGAUUCUGCGGGGAGACGGGCCCCCCGAUGGAUGGGGCUCGCUCGGCGCGGUGACGGAGCGCCUCGGUCCAAUUGAAGCCUUCGCCUGGGCGGCGCGAUGCGUUAGAUCUCUCUUCCAGAAGGGCAGCUGAAGAACUUGCAGAUGCAGGAGAUCGGGAAGGAGGGCUAUGGCCCGCCGCGGUGGACGCGGUGCGCCGUGCCCCUGUCAGGGAUGAACUAGGGGGUGGGUAUCUACCAUUGCCUAUACUUCCGGCCCGAGCCUCACGCAGGGCCUGAGCUCCAAAGGACACUCGCCGGGCAAAUGGCGAGCUGGGGGUCACGCCGGGAGAGGAUGGCUCUCCAUCCUCUGCCACGGCAUCUUCAUUGUUCGGAAUCGACCCCCACGAGCUGGACAGGCUGCCUCGACGGAAGGCUCGGCUUCCAAAGUUGGAGGCCUGGGUGGGCGAGCCCGAGAGGCCCAGGGUGGAAAUGGACAGCCGGCGCUGCUGGUUGGCUUGGGUAUUGUUGCCUGUCGGCUGGACGGAAGGAUUGCUAUUCUGCUUGGAGAAGAGGUCGAAGGGGAGACCGGCGAAGGAACCACGGCGGGGACGAUUCUCCGAGGAAGGAACGGAGAUGGGAGAGGUCGAGCGAUCGUUGGACAUGAUGAUGAUGGUAGUCACGGUGAUUGGUGGGUGGAUGGAUGUGCUACUCGUGGAAUUUGGGAUAAAGGGCGAUGAUGGAAGUGAGCCACGGAUGGGGGAAAGUAGGAUGGAAAAGAGAGAGAUCGAGAGAGAGCACGAAGAAGAUAACUCAGGGAGCCGAGCUGAGGAUGAGGAAACGGGUCUUGGACGGACUCGCCGCCCUUCUCAUGAGAUAGAAGUCGAAUGGGGUGAAGCCGAGGGGUACGCACAACCAGGAUGAAGGAGGGGGACCCAGUUGUAGCGUAGAGGAGGUGAUUGUGGAUGACGUGGAUGGGCAGAAUUGCACGAGAAGGGAGUGUUGAUAGGGGAUAGUCAGAAGUGGAAAGGAUGGAAGAAUGGUGGGAAGUGAUUCAAGUCAGAGUGGGAAGAGUAGAAUGAAAGGGAGAGAAGAGAUGGAAAGGAGAGAGAAAACCCAGGGGAGGGGGGAAAGAGUCGAAAUGGGGAAAGGAAGCAGACGACGGAAUGGUACCACCAGGACGCAUUCACGGGGAUGAGACCACACGGGAGCAGAGAGCAGAGAGCAAAGCAGAGUGGAGGAGGCUAGGAGGGGGGGCAAAAGGCCAGCUGCACAAAGCUAAGCUCGGGCCAAGUCCAAGGAAGAAUAUCUGGGGUAGCGCCAUCACAAAUUCCAGUUGGCCAGUCAUUCGUCAGAAUGCCCACCGUGGGCCUCCACUCAUUGCCGAACUCGGCCAAGUCGACCGUCGUUAGCUCAUUAGCUUGUCGUAUCCGAAAGUCACAAUCGGGGGCGCCCAGUGGAUCGAGAGGGAGGAAAGUGGAGAAAGACCGAGUGGGUUGCGAUGCAGAUCAGAUGGGACCGGGGAAGCAGAUUGGAGGAGAGAGAGAGAGGAGGAAUGGAUGCUGACGAGUGGAAGGACGAAAGACGGUGAGUGGCCGUG